AUGGCAGUAGACCCACUACACCUGCAACAACCCGGACCAAUACCCCUAUACGUCCUGCUCGUUCUUGUUGUCGGCAUCUGCUGUUACUUCUUCUUCAUAGGCACCGCCGCAGUGAGGCUCUGGUUCUACAAAGGCGCCCUCGGCCCUGCCCCAGAGAAGUUCAUCGUCAUCAAAAACGAGCCUCAGGUAGAAGAUCACCAUGCGGCGCCCAUCCACAGCAAAUACAACGAGCCCGGAACAAGCGCUGAAGCCCUAAGGAAGCGGCGCAUGACCGUCUUCACCCACGACUCGUUAUCAGCGCCGACAGAGACUAUAGCACACAGCACCGCGUUCUCCCCCCGAAACUUAUCUACUGCAACAGCAACAGUCAACCUCCAAGACAUCGAAGAUGUCGAAGACCUAAGCCAGUUCACAAACCCGCAAACACGAGCCUACCUAGCCGAAGAACGCCGCAUCUCGCGCAUGCCCGCCUUCGACGCCGACGACUGCGGAACAGGCGACUACUUCCCAGACAUACCCCUUACAAACCGGCCCAUCGAAUCCACAUCCCUCCAUUCCAACACCCUUACUGCCUCGCAUCUAGGUCUCACACCCACACCCCGCAGCAACUGGCUCACCAUCUCCCCCCAAUACAUCGAAUACCACGCCGCGCGCACCCACCUCCUGUCGCGCAACCGCUCCUCCUGCAUCCACGUCACCUCCGAGGGCGAACGAGCAAGUCGCGAACUCCUGCAGGAAGUCACGUCUUUCCUCGUGGACAUGUAUCCGCACCAAUUCCGUUUUCUGACGAAGACGCGCAGGAAGCAUGUGUUGAAUGAGCUUACGAGAGAGGAUUUCGAGAUAGAACAUGGCCUCCAAUCCAUCCUCAAACUCACCCUCCCAACCCUCUCCCCUUACUCCUCCACCGGCCCCCUAUCCCACACGCAAACCUUCAUCCAAACCCGGCCCCUCCGCGCCACUCUAGCUUCAACCCUCCACAUCCCGCGGCCCAUGGACUUUUUCGCUGGCCACAUAGCUGAUCUACACCCUUCUGAACUGCUCGUACGUACAGAAACGCAGAUGUAUGCGCGUUUGCCCAAAUCAGGUGCUGUCAUUGUGACCACUCGGACAAACACCGAGACACUGAGUGAGAUGAAAGAUAGGAUGACGAUGCGGGAGAAAGAAGCGUUUUUGAGGGAGAUCGGGCAGUGGGGAGAGGAGGAGGCGAGGGUGAAAGGGAGGGAUUUGUGGAUUGGAGUUGUGGAACGGUGUUUGAAAGGUCAGUUCUCCUGA